AUUGAAUUGAAUAACAACUAAAUGUGUAGUAAUUAUUUGUCGCACACUUUGACUUCAUUUCAAAGAGAAACUAACGGAUGAAAACUUAGAGACAAUUGAGUCAUAAAAGACUACCAAAGACUGAUCACAUACAAGAAGUGGAGACAACGGUAAGUGACACCAAACACACACACAAUGGUUGACUACAGUAAGUGGAGGACUAUUGAGAUCAGUGAUGAUGAAGACGAUACACAUCCCAACAUUGACACGCCGUCAUUGUUUCGAUGGAGACAUCAGGCAAGAGUCGAGAGGAUGUCUGAAAUGGAGGCGUCAAAGAAAGCACUCAAAGAUAAGAGAAACGAUUUGCACAACAAACUGAAGGAAGCGAAACAAAAGGCCAAACAAAACGAUAAUAACGAAAGUAAAGAAGAGAUGAAGAAAUUAGAAGAAGAAUUGGCAAAGUUGGACAAAGAACAAGAAGAGUUGGAUCAAAAGGAGAAAUUACUGCCUUGGAAUGUGGACACCAUCUCUAAGGAAGGAUGCAAUAAGACUGUCAUCAAUAAACCAAAACCUCGAGCCGACAGAAGUAAUCUGAGCGAAGAAGAACAGGAAAAGUUCUACAAAGAGUUUAUAAAGAAAAACGAAGAAAAGCUAAAACACUUCGGAAUGUUAGGCAAACCAGAAGAUUGCAAACGAUAUCUUAUGGAAAAUCAUGAUUUAGUUUGUGAAGAGACGGCCAACUAUUUGGCGCUUUGGUGUCUAAAUCUUGAGAUUGAAGACAAACACGAUUUGAUGGAAUUUGUUGCCAAACAAGUGGUGUCAAUGCAGUACAUCCUUGAAUUAGCCAAACAACUCGAUGUCGAUCCACGAGGAUGUGUCUCAUCUUUCUUUGCACGCAUUGAUAAAGCAGACAAAGAAUACAAAGACGCGUUUGAAGACGAGUUGCGGGCAUUCAAAGAGAGAAUCCGUGAGAGGGCUCGCAUUCGGGUGGAACAGGCUAUGAAAGAAGUAGAAGAAGAAGAGAGAAAAAAACGUAUCGCUUCCUCACCAGGAGGUCUUGAUCCAGAAGAUGUCUUCAAUUCACUGCCAGAAUCGCUUCAAAAGUGCUUUGAAUCGCGUGAUAUUCAACUUCUUCAGAAAACAAUUGCGGAAAUGCCUGAAGAAGAGGCACGCCUUCAUAUGAAGCGAUGCAUUGACUCGGGUUUAUGGGUUCCCGACGCCAACUCUAAGGAACUUCUAUUGGGCGGAGAAAUUGAGAGCGAAGACAACUCUGAAGGAAUCUAUUCAGAGUUAAAAUCCAAUUAAAAAGAAAAAUUAAUGAAUGAAAACACAUUUCAAACAUAUUUUGUGUUGUUUUGUAUAAAAUUAUUAUUUUAAGUUCUAAUCAUUUUUUAUUUCCAAAUAAUUCUUAAAAGUUUACUUAUUUACAAAC